CACACGCAAUGACAGCUCAGUAGCGCAUUAGGUCUUGUUUUCAACUACAGUACCCACACGGCACCUACUGUCUGACUGUAACGCUGGUUAUCCGGGGAUAUCGUACUACUGCUGUUUGUUUCUCCUCAGUCUAUCUUGCUCUGUGUUUUCAGCGGAUUGACACAACAGGGUAGGGAAAUAAGAACAGAUUAACGUACAGAGCCAAAAAUGGCAGAACUCGGAGCGGGGAGCUUGAUACCCGGGGAUCCUGCUUUAAACUACCACGAGCACGAGCUAAACGAACGAUUGAAGCGGCUGUACCCGGCCGUGAAUGAGGAAGAAACCCCCUUACCCCGAUCUUGGAGCCCCAAGGAUAAAUACAGCUACAUCGGUCUCUCACAGAACAAUCUGCGGGUGCAUUACAAAGGCCAUGGUAAGAACCAUAAGGACGCUGCGUCUGUGCGUGCCACCCACCCCAUCCCAGCCGCCUGUGGCAUCUACUACUUUGAGGUCAAGAUCGUCAGCAAGGGUAGAGAUGGGUACAUGGGAAUCGGCCUGUCUGCCCAGGGGGUAAACAUGAACAGGCUUCCUGGGUGGGACAAGCACUCCUAUGGUUACCAUGGAGACGACGGGCACUCCUUCUGCUCCUCAGGGACUGGCCAGCCAUACGGCCCCACCUUCACAACGGGCGACGUGAUUGGCUGCUGCGUCAACCUCAUCAACAACACAUGCUUCUACACCAAGAACGGACACAGUUUAGGUGUGGCGUUUACAGACCUUCCGCCAAACCUGUACCCCACAGUCGGGCUGCAGACCCCAGGUGAGAUUGUGGAUGCCAACUUCGGCCAGCACCCGUUUGUGUUUGACAUCGAGGACUACAUGAGCGAGUGGAGAGCCAAGAUCCAUGGCAUGAUCGCCCGCUUCCCUAUUGGCGAGAGACUGGGGGAGUGGCAAGCCGUACUGCAGAACAUGGUGUCGAGUUACCUGGUGCAUCAUGGGUACUGUGCCACCGCCACCGCCUUCGCCAGAGCUACCGAGACCGUCAUACAGGAGGACCCCAACUCCAUAAAAAACAGACAAAGAAUACAGAAGCUGGUUCUGGCGGGGCGUGUAGGGGAGGCGAUAGAGGCCACACAGCAGCUCUACCCCGGCCUGCUAGAACACAACCCCAACCUCCUCUUCAUGUUAAAGUGUCGGCAGUUUGUGGAGAUGGUGAACGGUACGGAUAGUGAGGUACGGUGCUUCAGUGUGCGCUCCCCCAAGUCCCAGGACAGCUACCCAGGAUCCCCCUGCCUCAGCCCCAGACAUGGAGCCAUCAACCCCCACCUGCACAACACAGGAGUAGACAGCCCCACCUGCAGUAACGGGGUGACUCCCCCCAGUAAGAGUAAGGGGGGUCAUGCGGGGGUCGGCGGCAAGUACCCGGGGGUCAGCUCUGCCUCAUCCUCCUCCUCUUCCUCCCCCUCCUCGGUCAACUACUCCGAGACCAACUCCACAGACUCCACCAAGUCACAGCCUCACAGCGCUACAAGCCAGCAGGAAACCAGUGACAGUGAGAUGGAGAUUGAGGCGGAGCAUUACAGCAACGGGGUCUCUGAGAACUCGUCAGCUCGCAUCAUGAACGGCACUUACAAACACACAGAGAUACUACAGGGGGACGACAACAGCCUGGGAAACGGAGUAGCAGACGAGCCCUGCCCCUCCAGACAGCUGUGCGGGGGCAACCAGGCGGCCACGGAGAGAAUGAUCCAGUUCGGACGAGAGCUGCAGUCCCUCAGCGAGCAGCUAUGCAGGGAGUACGGCAAGAACGCCACUCACAAGAAGAUGCUACAGGAUGCCUUCAGUCUGUUGGCGUACUCGGACCCGUGGAACUGCCCAGUGGGGCAGCAGCUGGACCCCACACAGAGAGAAGCCAUCUGCUCCGCACUCAACUCCGCUAUCCUGGAGUCCCAGAACCUGCCCAAGCAGCCGCCCUUGAUGCUGGCUCUGGGCCAGGCCACGGAGUGUGUCCAGCUCAUGGCCCGCGUGCGCUCUGGAUCCUGCUCCUUCGCCAGGGUCGACAACUUUUUGCACUAGCCCCCACCCCCACCCCCGUUAAGGCAAUGUUGUGGACGGCUAAGAAGAGGACCUUUCCAGUGGGUUGCCAUGGGGACGGCCAGCGUGUGUUGUGAUUGGUGUGUGGCGUGCCGUUUGCCAGAGGCACUUGGGCAGUGGAAUGUGGAACAGUGGAGAGGAAAAAGAGAAGAGAGGCUUUCUAAUUUAGUAUUAUCAAAUACGACGAAAUGUGUGACACUAUUUAAAGAUUAUUAAUUAUUAUUCUGUUUAUCUAGUCUUUUUUUUUUGUUUAUAUUUUUUGUCAGUUGGUUGUGCUCACCUUCGAAACAAAUCUAAUUCCAUUUUAUUUUAUUUUUUUAAUUUUAACUUCUUUUUUUUUCAUUUUCCCCCUUUUUUUUGUUUUUGGUUUUGGAAAGGGCCGUUCUCCCCACAUAGCCUACUGUAGGUUUUCCACAUCUUCUCCAUAUCAAGGAUCUCCAUAGCAAUCUGUUGUGAUGAGUUGAAGUGACACCCAGUCUGGUAUCUCUUACUCACUCAGGACUCAAGGAGACAGACUCCUGACCGCAUUCACAUCUCAGCACUCAGAGGCCUAUUGGCUGUCCUUCUCUUCCUGGGGAUCUUUCAGGAGGCCUACUGUCCCCCGCAGAUGCUUCAUCAGCGGGUCUAAGCUAGUCAAGUAAACCAUUCAUUCAAACCAGUAAACACAAAGCCCCCUCCACUCUUUGCACAAUUUUCCUCCAGAAAGUUCUUCAGUUGGGCUGGGCGUUAUAUUUAUUAAUGAAAUAUAUAUGCACAUGAUUCCUUGAGUGUCAAAUGGCUGGUUUAGGUUACCUCUCUGGAGUUCAUCAAGUACUGCAGUUCAGGUCCAAAGCUGCUGAGUUCAUAUCUUUGGUAAAAUGGCUUCCUAUAUGAGGCCCGAAGCAUAGGACAGUUUAACAUAGGAGUUGAUACAAGCCCCAGCUUCUAUCAGGUCAGCUAACAACCUCCACCCCACUCCCUGCCCCUCUCCCAUCCCCACUCCCAGCCCAUCACCAUACCCACUCCCAUCCCCUUCUCCAGGCCCGCUCCUAUCCCCAGUCCCAUCGCACAGCGCACCGGAACAUGUUUCAAACCAUCAACAGCGAAAACCAUAAAACCACUGUUGCUUUAGUACAGGAAAAAAACAUGUCAUAUUGCGUAUGAAACAGUAAACUGUUUCAGUUUUCCGAAAGCAAAUACAGUGUUUCGCGAUGCCACACGGACCAGCAGCGCAUUCAUGCAUUUGGUCCUUAACAGAGCCGUCGUCUGCUAGGUCACAGCGUAGAAAUCUCAUUAUGUUCCACUUUAUUGAUAGACUGGUCGACAACAUCCUCAUAAGUUUACGUCAAUGAGAAAACAAUGUUCAGGAACACUUUAUUCUGAUCGCCCAAAAAUAAUAAUGGGCUAAUAAAAAAAUAAAUGUUUGCCAUCCGUUUAAAUGUCAUUGUUAUGUUGUCUACACCGACCUCAGUCUAAAAUGUCAAAUGUCUGGAAGUUAGUGUGCAAAAGUAUUUUGUCCAAUAUUCCGGGGUAAUGUGGCAGAUAAUGAGGGGAUAACAUCCCGAAUUGGGCAAAUUAAAUUGCAAACAUGGCUUUUUACCAGGAGAGGGCCCUGUUACUGAAACUUCAAGUACUAGCCCAAUUUUUGAAGCAAUGUGCCUAAAUGGUUCAGAGCUUGAACACAAUAUUUUUUACCCAUCACUAGUAAAAAAAAAAGCAUAAAAAAGGGUAUUUGGUCGGGUUUUUCAGCAGAUUUAUGGCCAUAGAAAUCAAUAGAGUUUAGUUCAAAGUGGGCGGCUCUCACUGGCUCUCACACAGACCCUUCGUACUUCGUGCAUCUUCGUUAAACUUCGUGAGCUCACACUUGGAUCUGGAAAUCUUAGACGAGCCCUAAGGAAUUAGAUAUUUCACAGCCUGUCCAAUCAGAAUCGCGGGGCGGGGUAUAUACAAGUCAGGGGGUCAGGAUUUGGCUGGUUAGCUUCGCCGAUUAGCAAGGCACUUCCUCGUCGCCAUUUUCACAAAUUCGCGCAUUUCCGACAUCCACUUCGCUCAUGAUGAUUGGUGGGUGCGAGAGUUUAGUGUUGGGCACGCAGACCUUUACAGGUCUGUGGUUGGGCACCUUAUAAUACCUCCGUGCAUCCAAUGCCCGUCUUCCAUAUAGCUUUCUGGUCAACUGUAAGUGAGUCAGUAACGUGGCACGUAAUUGGCUGAGUAAACUGUCGGCGGAAAUGAGCUCCGUGAAACUGAAGCUGAAAAAUUUGAUCAAAUUUGGCCCAUGGGGCACCUAAGUCUCCACCCCUUCCGGGCGGCUCAUGGGGCUGGGAAGGCAAAAAAAUUUGACUGGGCUGUAAUGGACUGAUCAAAGCUAUUUUCCGAUCCACCUCGCAUUUCCCCGUCGAUCACACAGAUGCUGUGCCUCAGAAUUAAUAACAACCAAUGGUGUGCUUGUUGACUUCACUUGGCAAGCGAUUUUUGAAUUGUGUGCCUGCAAAAAUCUGUAAUUAUUUGGACUACACAACAGACGUCGCAUGCCCGACGUGCAGCCACUUAAGCCGCGGUGCAGUGGUAGGGUUGGCUGUGCCUCGGUUCACGUCAAAUAUGCGAGGCGCACGUGUAGUCUCUAACACAGUUUUGCACAAAAGCUAAGAUAACGUUUCUUGUGUGUCGAAAAUGAGUGGUCUUACGACGCAAAUCCAAACCUUUCAAAUUCACUGCCAUCAUAUGUGAAAUCCAAAGCACAUGCCAAACGGGAUGUAGAUUUACAGUAGCUUGACUUGCUCCAUUAACUCCCAUUCAAAAUUUUGAGAGCUCCAGCCCCACGGAUCGGAAGUAGAAGGGCGUGACUUAGGUGCCCCAUUGAAACGACUGGAGGCGGGACUUAUUCCCUCUCUCCAGAUCUUAUACUACCUCCAUGGUUGAAGUAGUACGUGAUUUAAAAAAAAAGCCAUGUGAAUUCUCCAAUCAGGUUCAAGCUGUUUGAAGCUGUUGAUUUUUCAGCAUUUUUUGGGCAGGAAAUCAUCAAGCUCAUCUGGCAACCCUGGCCCCAUCCCCUCUCCUAGCCCCAUCCCCAGCCUCUUCCCAGCCUCAGCCCCUAUGUGCCCUUGCUAAGCUCCUGAUAAGCUUUGUUACUGCGAUGGCAAUGUUUAACACUGACUCGGUCACGGUGCCACUCGUGACUACAACCCCAUUCGCCGGACGCUUUUGUGUUGUCGUUCAAGUCCACUGUUUCAUUGUUUUUCUUUUUUGUUUUUAUUUUCUUUAUCUCGUCCUCCUGUUACACAUGUAGCUGACCGACCAUCUUCUAGUUCACAGAACAGGCCUCCUCGUCGCUGUACUGAAGCCAGUGUCUCUCCCUCGCCUGUAGGGCUCUCUAACUCUCAGUUGAAUGUAGCUUAGCCUCUUUUCUGUUCUGUUGUGACUUCUGUUCUUUUCACUUCUUAUUUUCUUAUAUCACCCCCCCGUCACGUUUGCUGCUGGCCUCCUUGAGAUUGUUUGUUACACCCACACACACAGACAUAGACUUACAGAACAGACACACUCACAUAUGCAGUACAUGCAUACCCACGUGUGUAUGCCUGCUAUGACAUUGCUUUGAUGUUACACCUGUAUUUUCCUUUAUUAUUAUUAUCAUUACCUCACGUUUGUUUGCAAAUAUGUAUCGCCUGUGUGUUCCACAUGGAUUAUAGGUGACUAUGGCAACACCUGUGUGUUCCACAUGGGGAGGAGGUGACCAUGGUAACACGGAGCACAGGCAGCCAUGUGCAAUGCUUCGAUGUUCCACAUAGACAGUAAGCUGUGGUGGACGCGAGGAGAACAAGGGUGGUGGGUGGUUGACCUCUGGCAUGGGGGCAGUAAGGAGAGGGGGGAGGGCCUCAGCCACAGUAGUAUGUCUAGCCAUAGCCACACCCCUCUUAGGAAUCAUGUGACUCUGAGAUAACCAAUCAGGAGCCCUCGCUGGGAGGGAGGAGAAACGUCACCAACACUGUUGUCCAGACUAGUCUCCCUCUCCCCCUAACUAACCGAAAUCAUUGAUAAAGGAGCUGCCAUCACCACCUACCCCUAUCAAAAUUAUGGAUAAAGGAGCUGAAAGCCAAAAAAGAGACACUUUGGCAUGUCUUGGAAAAGGUGGUGAUCUCAAGACUGCAAAUUCCUUUCUCCCUCUGUGAUGAUGAUGAUGAUGAUGUCUGAUGAUGUUCUGUACAUUUUUUUAAUUUUUAAUUUUUAAAAAUACCCUGCAGAAACAUCCAGAUCCUGAGUUCUCCAUUGUUGCGUUCCGAAUGGCGUGUGAAUUAAGUUCAACUCCAGUAGAUGACGUGAUGGUAAUCAUUCGGUGGUGUUUCCUAUUGCAUGGAGUGCGUCAUGUGACCCUGCGUUCUCAGCCAUACAUGUCCGAUGUUGAAACAGGAGAGAUACACAAGAGACUUGGCUACACCAGCCAUACAUGUGUGAUACUGAAACGGCGAUACGCAAGAUACUGGCUACAACAGUUGACAUCAGGUCGGCACCUCACUCCACUGUACGUACAGUGUUUCGUCUCCGAAUUGCUUUUACAUGGCAGAUGUAUUUUGGAACUCAUCUUAGCAAACAGACCACCAGAAAUGUAUAUUGCCAUCUUUUUAAAAAAGAAGAAGAAGAAGAUUUAAUCUAUUAGAAAUUUAAGAUCUACUUCAAGUGCAAAUAGGACAUUUUGUGAGGAGAAUGAGAAUCUCUGUAGACUUUGAACAAAUGUGUUCCUUUUUUCCACUUGUCUCUGGAGCUUUGCCCAAGCUCAGGGCAAGAGGCGGGACGCGCGGAGUUAAACUGAAUACAAGCUGUGCACAAUAUAUCUCUCUUAUGAUUUAAAAUUAUUUUGAGUUUUCAUUUUAGCAAUUGUGAAAUGAGUUACCCUCCACUUAGCAUGAACCUUUUUAAAACCUUUAAAACAUCAUAAAAAAAGAAAAACAAUGAAAAAAAACAUACCUAUGUACUGGAAACAUAAAGAAAUAUUGUACUCGUUUAAUUUUGACAGAAUUAUUUUUAUUAAAAUACACAUCCAUGAGCAUA